AUGAGAUUCCGUGCCAAAGUUAGGCUUUUGCUUUGGAAGAACUGGACCCUAAGGAAAAGACAAAAGCUCCGUGUUUUUGUGGAACUCUUUUGGCCGUUGUCAUUGUUCCUCAUCUUGGUGUGGUUAAGGAACGCAAAUCCUCUCUAUGGCCAACAUGAGUGUCACUUUCCAAACAAGGCAUUGCCCUCUGCAGGGAUGUUACCAUGGUUACAGGGAAUUUUCUGCAAUACCAAUAACCCUUGUUUUAAAAGCCCCACUCCUGGAGAAUCUCCUGGCGUUGUGUCAAACUACAAUAAUUCCAUCCUUGCAAGAGCAUAUAAGGAUGCGCAAGAUUUGCUGUUGGGAAAGCCAGAAAUCCACCAUUUAAGUCAAAUAUGGAAGGAGAUGUAUACGUUGUCGCACUUUAUGGAUACCAUGCGCACAAACCCUGGAAAAGUUGCAGGUCGAGGGAUACGGAUCAGAGAUAUCUUGAAGGAUGAUGAAAUUUUAACUGUGUUUUUACUAAAAGAUAUUGGACUUUCGGACUCUGUGGUCUUUCAGCUCAUUAAUUCACAAGUGCGAAUUGAGCAGUUUGCCUCUGGAAUUCCUGAUUUGACUCUGAAGGAUAUAGCCUGCAGCCAGACGUUGCUGGAACGCUUCCUUAUCUUCAGCAGUCGCAGAGCGAUGUACACCGUGCGUAAUGCAAUGUGCUUACUGUCUCAGCAGAGGUUACAAAGGGUUGAAGACAUUUUAUAUGCAAAUAUAGAUUUCUUCAAAUUUUUUGAAAUGCUUCCUACUGUGUUAGACAGUCGUUCUCAUGGGAUUGAUCUUCGAUUCUGGGGUAGAGUUAUGUCUAACUUGUCCGAAUCGCUACGAGAGUUAGCCCAGCAACCCAGUAUUCAGGACCUAUUUUGGGUGCUGCGACCACUUGUGCAGGAAGGAGGGCCAAGGACAUUCACUCAGCUCAUGAACUCUCUUUCAAACCUGUUCUGUGGUUACCCUGAGGGGGGAGGUGCCAGAGUGUUCUCAUUUAACUGGUACGAAGACAAUAACUAUAAAGUAUUUCUAGGGGUGAACUCCACCAAGAAAGAAACUUACUACCUAUACGACAAGACAACAACACCAUUCUGCAACGCAUUGAUUCAAGGUAUGGAAUCCAAUCCUGCAACUAAAAUAGCCUGGAGUGCAAUGAAACCACUACUGAUGGGGAAAAUCCUCUACUCUCCAGACUCACCGGCAGUCAGGGAGAUCUUAAAACAAGCAAAUUCUACCUUUGAGGAGCUAGAGCGCCUCAGGCAUAUUGGUAAAUCCUGGGAAGAGGUGGGACCUCAACUUUGGUACUUUCUACAAAACAGUGUUCAAAUGAAUGUGAUCAGGGAUACGAUCAAAAACCCAACAGUGAAGGAUUUCCUCAACAGACAAAUGGGGGAUGACGGAUUAAAUGCUGACGAUGUAAUCAAUUUUCUGUACAAUGGUAAUCCGGAUGAGCGCCCAGAUGGACAGUCACAAUUUGACUGGAGAAAUGUCUUUAACUUUACAGAUCAGACCGUGCGUCUGUUAAACCAAUACCUGGAAUGUCUGACUUUGGAUAAAUUUGAAGGUCAUGAUGAUGAAUCCCAUCUGACCCAUCAUGCUCUCUAUCUGUUGGAAGAAAAUAAAUUCUGGGCUGGUCUUGUGUUUAUGGACAUGUUCCCCUGGACAAACAAAGUGCCACCUCAUGUGAAAUACAAAAUUCGCAUGGACAUUGACGCAGUGGAGAAAACAAACAAGAUUAAAGACAGAUAUUGGGACCCAGGUCCGAGAGCUGACCCAGUAGAAGAUUUCCGUUACAUCUGGGGAGGCUUUGCCUAUCUACAGGACAUGAUUGACCAUGGCAUUAUAAAGAGCCAGACAAAUAAGGAAGUGCCAGCUGGAAUCUACGUUCAACAGAUGCCCUAUCCAUGCUUUGUGGAUGAUGUCUUUAUGAUAACUCUGAACCGCUGUUUCCCGAUUUUCAUGGUGUUGGCUUGGAUCUAUUCAAUUUCAAUGCUAGUGAAAGAUAUUGUGCUAGAAAAAGAGUUACGCUUGAAAGAGACCAUGAAAAAUUUGGGCGUAACUAAUGAUGUUAUUUGGUUCACAUGGUUCAUUGAUAACUUCAUGGUAAUGACUGCCAGUACACUGAUCCUCACCAUCGUCAUUGUGGGUGGAGGGGUUCUUCACUACAGUAAUCCAUUUAUCCUAUUCUGCUUCCUAAUGACUUUCACAAUUGCGACUAUCAUGCAAGGCUUCCUGAUGAGCGUGUUCUUCUCUAAAGCCAACUUAGCAGCCGCUUGCAGUGGAGUCAUUUAUUUCACACUCUACUUGCCGCACAUCCUCUGUUUCGCUUGGCAGGACCGGAUGACAUUCAAGCUGAAAACAUUGGCAAGCUUUCUUUCUCCAGUUGCUUUUGGGUUUGGAACAGAAUAUUUAUCUAGAUAUGAAGAACAAGGCAUUGGUCUUCAGUGGGGCAACAUUGGAAAGAGCCCGGUGGAAGCAGAUGAAUACAGUUUUCUAUUUUCUAUUUUCAUGAUGCUCGUUGAUGCAUUUAUAUAUUGGGUGCUGGCAUGGUAUAUAGACAGUGUAUAUCCAGGAGAAUAUGGAAUCCCAAAACCGUGGUAUUUCCCAUUUUUGGCAUCUUAUUGGUGCAACUUAUCCAGUCCAUUUGAAGAAUAUACUGAUUCAAUAGAAACUGAGGUAUCAAUACAUGAACAUAUGGAAGACCACCAUGGAGAUGCAGUGGAAAAGCAUCCCGUAACACAGCACAAAGAGGCAAAUGAGGACACAAACAAAAAUGAGGAGGAAAUAAUUGAUAAUAAACUACAAGACAAGGACCCUGCAACAUGCAAACACAAAAUGCCCAAGAGGGAAAAAGAGAAAGAAGAAAAGCAAAAGAAAGAUGAACAGGAAAAGGAGAGGGAUGAUAAAGAUGAACUGAACAACGGUAAAACAAAACAGACAAAUCCAUUUUUUGAGCCUGAACCUCCGGGUAUGGUUCCUGGGGUGUGUGUUCAGGACUUAGUAAAAGUGUAUGAAAAUACUUACAAGCCAGCGGUGGACAUGAUAAACAUCACGUUUUACGAGGGACAGAUUACAGCCUUCCUAGGUCACAAUGGAGCUGGCAAAACUACGACAUUAUCUAUCAUAACUGGUUUGUUCCCUCCAACAUCUGGCACUGUAUGGGUUCGAGGCAGAGAUAUUCAGACUCACACGGAGUCAAUUCGGCAAAGUCUAGGAAUGUGCCCACAGCACAACAUUCUGUUUCGCCACUUGACUGUAGCUGAGCAUAUCAUGUUUUAUGCUCAGCUGAAGGGCAAACAUAGAAGACAAGCAGAAAGAGAGUUGGAAACAAUGUUGGAAGAUAUUGGUAUUCCUCAAAAAAGAGAUGAGGAAGCGCAAAAUCUUUCAGGUGGAAUGCAGAGGAAACUGUCAGUCGCCCUGGCAUUUGUUGGUGACGCAAAAGUUGUGGUGUUGGAUGAACCCACUUCAGGAGUUGACCCAUAUUCUAGAAGGUCAAUUUGGGACUUAUUGCUCAAAUACCGCACAGGUAGAACUAUUAUACUUUCUACACAUCAUAUGGAUGAGGCUGAUCUCCUUGGAGACCGUAUUGCCAUCAUAUCCCAAGGGAAACUCUACUGCAGCGGAUCUCCUCUAUUCCUAAAGAACUGCUUUGGCACGGGCUUCUACCUCACUCUGGUCCGUAGGAUGAGAAACGUUAAAGAAACGGUGAAAAGAGAAUCAUCAUCCUGUCGCUCUGACUGCUCCUGUCCAUGCCCCAGCUGUGCUCCGAAAUCUGUUCAGCACACUCUGGAACAAGAGUUAGAUGGUGAUGUGGCUGGGAUAACAGAAUUAAUUCAUCACCAUGUUCCUGAAGCAAAAUUAAUAGAAAGCAUUGGACAAGAGCUGAUUUACAUCCUGCCUGGCAAAGAUUUCAAAUACCGAGCCUAUGCCAGCCUCUUCAGGGAACUGGAAGAGACACUUGGUGACCUGGGUCUGAGCAGCUUUGGAAUAUCUGACACUCCAUUGGAAGAGAUUUUUCUGAAAGUUACAGCAGAUUCAGUGACUGGAACAGAAACACCAGAGGAAUGGAUGUUACAGCAGAGGAAAUCCAGAACAAGUCUAGCGGUGGAUAACAAGACAACUGUUAUUAAUAUUGAUAAUAAAGGUAACUCAGAAACUUUAAGAAAAGAAUCUCAAAGGCGUGGGACUGAGAAUAUCCCACCUAAUGCCUGUAGUGAGCCCCCUGGCAAGAUGAGUGGCACAGGAUCCCGGCAGAUAAAAGGCAGUGACCUCCUGCACCAGCAGUUCAAAGCCCUGAUUAUAAAGCGCUUCCAGCACGCAACACGCAGUCAAAAGGAUUUCCUCGCACAGAUUGUCCUUCCUGCUAGUUUUGUGCUGCUGGCGCUGAUAUUUACGCUCAUCGUCCCUCCCUUUGGAGAAUAUCCAAGUCUGACGCUCCAUCCAUGGAUUUACGGCCAACAGUAUAUUUUCUUCAGUAAUGAGCAGCCAGGAAAUGAAAAGAUGACUCCCAUAUCUGACGCCUUCCUGAACAGCCCGGGGUUCGGAACUCGCUGUAUGAAGGAUGAGCCACUUUUUAAAAUGUUUCCCUGUACAAAUACUUCCAACGAGUGGGUCAUCCCAUCUAUGUCUCCAAGUUUAACUAAUGCAUUGUUGUCCCAGAACUGGACACCUGAUAAUCCAUCACCUUCAUGCACUUGUAGUUCAAAGAAUAAGAUAAUUAUGCUCCCAGAAUGCCCCGAGGGUGCUGGAGGACGGCCUCCUCCACAGAGAAUCCAACCAAGCUCUGAAAUUCUUCAGGACCUCACAGAAAGAAACAUUUCGGAUUAUCUUGUUAAAACAUACCCCUCUCUAAUAAGAAGCAGUUUGAAGAGCAAAUACUGGGUGAAUGAGCAAAGAUAUGGAGGAUUUUCUGUUGGAGGAAAACUUCCUAUUCUUGACGUUGACACUCAAAAUAUUGCAGAAUUUUUUCAGCAGCUUGGUCAAAUGACCAAUGUAUCAGGCGGCAUAACUACAAAGUCUGUUUCACACCAAUUCAAGGCUUUUCUCCAACACUUGGAAACGGAAGAUAACAUCAAGGUGUGGUUUAAUAAUAAGGGUUGGCAUGCCAUGGUCACAUUCAUUAACAUUGCUAACAACGCCAUAUUGAGAGCCAAUUUAGGUGAAGACAAAGAUCCUGGGGAAUUUGGAAUAACUGCAAUUAACCAUCCAUUGAAUUUAACAAAAGAUCAACUCUCAGAAGUCACAGUACUGACAACUUCAGUGGAUGUCGUGGUUGCUAUCUGUGUAAUAUUUGCCAUGUCAUUUAUCCCAGCUAGUUUUGUUCUGUAUUUGAUUCAAGAAAGAGUGUCAAAUGCCAAACACCUUCAGUUUGUCAAUGGUGUCACACCUUUUGUGUAUUGGAUCACUAACUUCACGUGGGAUAUUGUCAAUUAUGCUAUAAGUGUUGCCAUGGUCGUAAUAAUAUUCAUUGGUUUCGACAAGAAAGCAUAUACCUCAGCCACGAAUCUCCCUGCACUUAUAGCUUUGCUCUUUUUUUAUGGGUGGUCUGUAAUCCCCAUGAUGUAUCCAGCUUCCUUUCUAUUUAACGUACCAAGCACAGCCUAUGUUGCAUUAUCUUGUCUGAAUCUCUUCAUUGGGAUAAACAGCAGUGCUAUCACAUUCAUCCUGGAUCUUUUUGAGAAUAACAGAUCUUUGCUUCGGUUCAAUGAGACACUAAAGAAUAUGCUGCUAAUCUUCCCGCAUUUCUGCCUGGGCAGGGGUCUUAUUGAUUUAGCAAUGAACCAAGCCGUGACUGAUGUCUAUGCUCGCUUUGGUGAAGAGCAUAUCACAAAUCCUUUCCAGUGGGAGUUCCUAGGAAGGAACAUCUUUGCAAUGGCUAUUGAAGGAGUCUUAUACUUUGCUUUAAAUAUUCUUAUUCAGAACAACUUCUUCCUUAAUACAUGGUUUUCAGAACCUCCUAAAGGCGCUAUAGAAGGUGAAGAUGAAGAUGUCGCUCAAGAGAGACAGCGAAUUAUGAAAGGAGGGGGCAAAACUGAUAUUUUAAAACUAAAGGAAUUAUCAAAGAUAUACCCAGGAAGACAUACUCCUGCUGUUGACAGACUCUGCAUUGGUAUUCGACCCGGUGAGUGCUUUGGUCUCCUUGGUGUGAAUGGAGCUGGCAAGACAACCACAUUCAAAAUGUUGACUGGAGAUAUUGAUGUAUCGUCAGGAGAGGCUACUGUGGCUGGAUAUAGCAUACUGACUGACAUCGCUGAUGUUCACCAGAACACAGGAUACUGUCCUCAGUUUGAUGCUAUUGAUGAGCUUCUGACAGGUCGUGAACACCUGCAACUCUAUGGUCGUUUGAGAGGAGUUCCCGAAGAUGAAGUAGACGUGGUGGCAGAUUGGGCAAUUGAGAAGUUGGGUCUUAACAGAUAUGCUGACCAAUCAGCAGGAACUUAUAGCGGUGGAAACAAACGCAAGUUGUCUACUGCAAUAGCUUUGAUAGGUUGUCCUCCUGUGGUACUAUUGGAUGAACCCACUACAGGGAUGGAUCCUCAGUCACGUCGCUUCCUUUGGAAUUCAAUAGUCUCCAUUAUCAAGGAAGGCAGAGCUGUGGUUUUAACGUCUCACAGUAUGGAGGAAUGUGAAGCUCUCUGCACACGUCUUGCUAUAAUGGUAAAAGGCACCUUCAAAUGUCUGGGAACAAUUCAGCACUUGAAAUAUCAAUUUGGUGAUGGUUAUAUUGUCACCAUGAAAAUAAAACCUCUCAAACUCGGCUCAGCCCCAGAUUCAGGUCCAGCAGAAAAAUUUAUACAGACAAACUUCCCUGGCAGUUUACAGAGAGAGAAGCACUACAACAUGCUACAAUAUCAGAUUUCAUCUUCCUCUCUGGCAAGGAUUUUUCAGCUACUUAUUUCCAACAAAGAUGCACUGAAUAUAGAAGAAUAUUCAGUCUCACAGACUACUUUAGAUCAAGUAUUUGUAAACUUUGCUAAACAGCAAACAGAAGAUGAAGACAUCCAUUUACACCCACGAGCUGCAGGAGCCACCCGUGACGUGAAGGUAGCCCCAGCUCCAACAUCAAAGGCACCUACUUAG